AUGAAAAAAGUCAUGCCACCACCACCUGCGGCAACAUGUCUUGCUUUUCACCCCCGAGAUGACAGUAUAGUUGCUAUUGGCAUGGACAAUUCCACCAUUGUUACAUGGAAGCUUGAGGGUCACGCCAAAAGAGUCACUAGCCUUUCCUUCUCGAACACUCUGAAUAUUUUUGUGUGGGGUGCUGCUGCUGGAAAUAACAAUCACUACUCAAUGAAGAUCUAUUUCCAGAUCAGAAAGGAAAAUUUCCUUGAGGCCAUUGACAAGGAUCAUAAGGCAAUCUCUAUAUGUGGAGAUAUAAAGUCUAUGAGGAAGACUAUGAUGAAAGAACUCAGGCAAAUAACUGAGGCAAAUCCAGUUUUCCGUGGCAAACUGAAGCAUCCUAGCAUCAAAAGUCGUAGAUUACAUAAUCUCAUUAACCAAAGCUUGAAUUGGCAACAUAAACAGUGUAAAAACUCUCGUCCAAAUCCAGUCAUUAAUACUCUUUUCGUUGAUCAUGUUUGUGAACCACAGGAAGAUGUUCCUUUGCCUCUACCAAUUGAAAACAAUUUGGAAGACUGUUUGUCUUUGUCUCUAUUGACUGGGAACAGUUUGCAAGUAAGAUAUGUUCUGCAACAUCAAAUCCACUUGCAACUUCUUCUGCUGAGCCAAAAGUUUAUCUGUAACACAAGGUGCGCUUUCUCCAGGAGCAGUAUCUCUCAAUGCUGCAAAGAGCCUAGGUAUUUUAUUUUAGUUCUUCAAGGGAUGUUGUUGGGUACUGCUAUAGAGGUCAUUGACUAUCCAUGCUUGGCCAAAAAAAUGUUCUUUCCGAUUUUGGAUGAGUUAAAAUCAACUGUUACUGAUCCUGGCCAAAGUCACAUGUGCCAUACCCAAUGGUUUGCCCACUACUGUUGCCUGACACUACAUGAAGGCUCAUCUCCAAUGAGCAUGGAUUUUCAUCCCACUUGGCAGACAAUUCUUCCAUUUGGAACUUGUGUUGGAGACAUAGGACCACCAUGGGAUGUUAGUUCCGGGGAAAAGUUGCUUUCGAGAAAUUUUAGAGUCUGGAAUCUUGACGCAGGCCCGAUGGCCUUAAAGGAAGCUCUGGUCAAAGAUUCAUAUGCAUCUGUUAAUCAUAUCCGAUGGAGUCCUGAUGGUUCUAUAUUUGGUGAGAAUGGGUUGCAUAUGCAAAGCACAUUGUGCAAUUAUAUUCUUAUAAUGGAGGCAACAACAAUUGGAAGUCAUGAAGCUCCUGUCUGUUCUGUCUGUCCUCAUACCAAAGAAAAUGUCCAUGUAAGGGCCACUUUGGGUAUUGAUGUUGUGGUUCUGCCAAGGAGGGAAACAAUCAGAGUCACGAGCGACCAAGUGUAA